AUGUGUAACAGACAUAACAAAAAUACAUCUUUUUACGAUGACUCCUCAGAUAAAAUUGAUUUAGAAUCGUCAAACUCAGUUGGUGAUUUAGACAAAUAUGUUGAAAGCUUUGACAAGAUUAUGUCAAGCAUUGGGACUUUGACCAACGCCAUAAUUGAUACUUCGUUUGAUGCCGGAAGAGAAUUGAAUGAUAAAGCAAGAGAAUGGUCUUUUAAUUGGUUGUUUAGUCCUAAGGAUACUCGCGACUACAACGAUUAUAAUGAUUGCAAGCCACAUUUUUUCAAUUUCCCUCCAUUUUAUCAAACCAGAGAUGCUGAUUUGAAUUCUGAUUCGGGAAAACCUACUUUACUGGAUUUGUGGAACAAUGACGGCUUCAGAAACUUCCCCUUCAAAUUCGGAUCAACGCCCUUCGGAUAUCGUGCUUAUAAGGGUCCUUCAACCAGACAAUACAAUGAUUGUUUGGAUAAGAGAGGAAAAGCUUUAUGGGAUGAUCAAGGGUACUGGAGAUGUCUUUUCCCCGAAGCUGAAGUUCCAGUGGAUGUGUUGGAUUUUAAGAAAAAGUACUUUGGUGAUGCAGUUGUAUCCAAAGAGGACUUCUUCAAGUAUAUGAAUGAGCUUGGGGCAAACGAAAACAGCAAGGCUAUAGAUUUGAAGGACAAAGGUACAUUCUUCAACACUUAUGAAGAUUACUUGUCCUGGAGACAAGAAAAGUAUUCUGAGUUGAAGAAGAAAAGAGAAGAUGAGGCUAAGGCAAGGGCUGCUAAAAAAUCUAAAGUGUUGGAACUGUUGAAGCAAAAACAAUCAGAGUCAGCUGAUAACGACAAGUAUGUCACUUCAACAUCAAUUAAAUCUAAUGUGUUUACUGACAUGGGCACAAACGAAGUAAAGUAUGUUGAGACAAAACAAGAAUGUUUCAAUGAUGGUAACUGUGUAGUUACAAAGAUUACAAAGCUGAAGCCGAUUGGUGCUACGGAUUGGGCUAAUGUCGAAGAGCACACGGAAAACUCUUCUUCUGGUUCUGGAAAUUAUGCCAAUAAAGGUUGGUUUUGGAAAUAG